UAAACUUGAUAUUUAUUUGACUUUGUCAGGAAAUGGAAAUUAAGAAAAUGGCCAAGGCUGGUAACAAAGAUGCUUGCAAGGUUCUUGCAAAACAACUUGUGCAAUUACAGAAACAGAAGACCCGUACAUAUGCUGUGAGUUCAAAGGUCACUUCUAUGUCCACCCAGGCUAAAUUAAUGAAUUCUCAAAUGAAAAUGGCUGGGGCCAUGGCCACAACAACAAAGACCAUGCAAACUGUGAACAAGAAAAUGGAUCCACAGAAAACCUUACAAACUAUGAAGGAUUUCCAGAAAGAAAACAUGAAAAUGGAAAUGACAGAAGAAAUGAUGAAUGAUACAUUAGAUGACAUUUUUGAUGAGUCUGGAGAUGAAGAAGAAAGCCAAGAUAUUGUGAACCAGGUGUUGGAUGAAAUCGGAAUUGAGAUUUCUGGAAAGAUGGCUAAUGCUCCAUCAGCAGCCAAAGGUCUACCCACAGCAUCCACAUCUAAAUCUCACAUCUCAGAUGAAGAAAUUGAACGGCAGCUGAAAGCUUUGGGAGUGGACUAGUUGACUUGGCUGUUAUUGGGGGAGGAGGAAAUAGUUGAUCAUAUGUGAAUAAUGCCUUUUACCUUGACUACAUGGAUCUACCUUAAAGGCACCAUUAGAUAAAUAAUGGAAGCAUCGUGGAUAUUCUUCUGUAACUUUUAACAAAAGUGCUUCUUUACAAGACUUGAAUUUAAAGCCACACUCUGCCAAACACUAUAAUCUGUUGCUGCUUUAAACUGAUGUUUUGAUUUUUGAAGUGGAAAUAAACAAUGUAUGGUUAGUAAUGUCUUUUGAUGCUUUGACAGGUAUAUAUCGAGCAUGGUACGUGUAUUUGGAUUGUUUGGUUUUACUUGUACAACAAACCAUUUAUUACUACAAGCUACAUUAAGAUCUAAUUCAUGAAAGUUACAUGCUAUUUUUGGGUUGAUGUGCUCUAGUAGCAUAUGAACAAUGCAAAAAUCAGCAUUGUUACUAAAGUUGGAUUCUAGUGUGGAUUGAACCUUAGUAGUACAAAACUCUUGUGGGUAGUCUGUAAUUCUGAUUUUUAAUGCUGCAUGUAGAAUAAUAAAGCUUCAGUAAAUCCAUAUUACAAAAAUAUAAUGGACCACAGAACAUGUCCUUGUCACUUUAUAAACAAGGCUAAUUUACUUUAAUCAGGGAAAACAAACCAUUGUCUGCUUUUUCUAGCAUUAAAAAUUAUCUAAACAUAUAUUCAAAUAUGUAGAUGCACGUAGCCCACAGCGAAAUACAGCUGGCAGAGUAAUUUAGCUUUACUGAUUGAAUCUUACAUUCUACAGCCUGGUAUCUACGGUGUAACAGCAAUCUAUGUAAUGACCUGGAGCUCAUUGCAAGACAUUCAAAUUAACACUUCACAACAUCCUUGCCGUCAAUAGACAUAACUUCGCUGUAGUAUAAUGACAGUAAAGAAAAACCAAUUAAAUUUCUUUAAACCAUUCCUUGGCAAUAAUUAAACUACUGUGGAUGUGGGAAAUCUGAAUAAGUACAGAGUGUUGCAAAUAUUCAGCAGGUCUGGCAGAUCAUGAGGAGGUAGUGGUGUCAUGGUAAUUUCACUGAGCUAGCAAUCCAAAACCCCAGGUUAAUGUUCUGGAGUCAAAAUUUCAAAUCCCACCAUGGCAAAUGGUGAAAUUUGAUUUUUUUUUUAAAUAAAAGCUAAACUAAUGACAACCACAUCACCACUGCCAUUUUUUUAAACUAUCUGGUUUAUUGAUGAGCUUUAGGGAAGGAAAUCUGUCAGCCUCCCCUGGUUUGGCCUACGUAUGACUUCCAGACCCACAGCAAUGUGGUUGAAACUUAACUGUCUCUGAUCAAUAAAUGCAAUACCCACAUCUCCUUCAUGGCUUUUAAAAAUCUUUGACUCUCUAGGCUUGUAUUUUCACUGAAUUCAAAACUUGUCUAUUGUAUAGAUCUGUAAAUAUGUCAAUAUUGUAUUCACUAUUAAUUGUGCUUUUUUUUGCCUGCUGCAAAAGAGCUUCUAGCAAAUUCUUGCCUCAAAGGUUUUAGUUGUCAUUUGAAAAAAAAACUAACUUAGUUGAAGUCAUUGGAAUAAUGAAAUAUUUGUGAACACAAAUUUUUAUUCCCAGGUUUUAAGUUAUUUUCACUUUUGGAUUUGUUCUUGGAAGUCAUUUGAAACUUGAUUAAUUUAAAGUUAUUUCAAUAUAAGUAAUUGAACUGGCAUUAACUUUCACUUAACUGAAAUCCCUUAAGUUUUUCCUUUUGCCAUUAUGAUGAAUUGUAGAGUAUCCUUUUAAGGAGGAUAACAAUUGUGCUAUAUUAAGUUUUACAGAUACCUUUACUUGUAUAGAAGAUAACUGGUGCCCUAAUUCUAUAACCUAUUAUACUGAUCAGAUGAAUAUAAUUCAGAACAAUAUGAUUACUCAAGUGCCUACUAAUACAUGUAUAGGUAGUUGUUUUAUGACAUUACAGCAACAAUACCAACUUUUUCUUUGAGAGGUAUAGUAGAAUUAAUAGAUUUCUCCGUGGCUUAUUUCAGUUACCAACUAACUUAAUACAAGAACAAUGGCCAAUAUUUUGUAACAUUUAAGGGAGCAUAGAGAUAAUCUGUGCUGAUGCAUUUUUCAAGUUCAUUCAAACUAAAAGUUGAACAUAGUGAAGACUACUGCAAAUUAUAUGUCACAACUAUUGGGAAGUGGAGAAAGCAAAUACUCUCAGUUAUAGCCUUAGACAUUUUGUUUUAAGAUUGUGCAGGUGGUGUUUGGUGUAUUCUUAUUAAUUGUGCAUUUUUCUCAAGUGAUUCAAAAAGUUUUUUUUGAGAUAAUGGUAGCUAAUAGGUUUAACUAAACUAUUUUUUAGAUAUAUGAAAUUGGGUAUUUGAAAAGUAAUUUAUAAUUCUGAUUUUGUCGCUUUUAUGCAAAGGUUAACAUUUAUUACCAUACAUUUGUAUGAUUUCCAGCUUAACUUUAAAUAAUGGAGUUUUUAAACAUAUACUGCACUGUUCUCCUAGUACUGACAAAUGCAUCGUCAGUAAUACAAUAAUUGGAGCAUUCAAAGCAGUAUUUAAGGAUUAUGAUACAUUUGUACUGUUGGAAUGUUUUCCUUUCUUUUGGCUCUUGAUUUACUGAUUGUUUAAAACUGUUUUCAAAGAUCAAGAGAAGGAACAGAAGUUUUGUAUUUAGACAAAAGGUACAUAACUUAAAAAUUAGUGCACUGGUUCAUUUGCAAAAAUAAAGUGUGAGAGAUCUUGAAACCUG